GAGCUCGAAAAUAAAUCUCAGUCCUUUCAUCCCAUUCCUAACCUAAAAGACACGAUUGAAAGGUCUGGGCACGGGAGAGAAUCGGACUGUUGUACGGAAAAUUCAGUACGUGCGCCUACCGUCGAUAGGGCUUCGGGUUCAGUGGAAGAAGAGAUAUAAAAUUAUCUUAGCCUCUUUCGCUCUCCGAAACUGUUUUUAUUUUUCAUCUGCUUGGAAAGAGACGUGAUAUGAAAACAUGGUGGAAGUAGAUACGAAGGACCUUGGAUUUAAGUGGGGUAAACAGAGAGGAGUUGGAGGGAAAGAUAAAAAGGUCCGGUUUUUUCAGUCUUUCUCCUAUGGCAGCGUAGAGUAUGCUCUUUAUGAUUGCGUUUAUCUGUAUGGAGAAGGAGAAACUGAACCUUAUAUUGGUAAGCUUAUAAAAAUAUGGGAGAAUCCUGACAAGACAAAGAAAGUAAAGGUUUUGUGGUUUUUCCGCCCAUGCGAAAUUCAAUAUUAUGUUGGGGUUGAAGACACAGCCAAAGAUGAGUUGUUUUUGGCUUCAGGAGAAGGUGCAGGCCUUGCAAAUGUUAAUCCUUUGGAAGCAAUUGUUGGAAAAUGCAAUGUUGUUUGCACCUCAAAGGACAGUAGAAAUCCGCAACCUUCAGAAGAACAACUUGGAACAGCUGACUUUAUAUUUUACCGUGCCUUUGAUGUUGGGGACUGCAGAAUCCUGGAUAAGAUAGAGGAGAAAGUUGCUGGGGUUGAAGGAUAUGAAAGUAUGGUGGAAAUAGACAGAAUCGAGGACCUUGAAUUCAAGUGGGGUAAAAAGAAAGGAGUUGGAAAGAAAGGAGAAGGUGAAAAACAGAAAGAAGUCCAGUUUUAUCAAUGUUUUACUUAUGACGGCAUGGAGUAUGAUCUGUAUGAUACAGUUUAUCUGCACAAUGAUGAUGGACCUGGACCUUAUAUUGGUAAGCUUAUAGAAAUAUGGGAGAAUCCUGACAAGACAAAGGAAGUGAUGGUUUUAUGGUUUUUCCGCCCUUACGAAAUUGAUCUUGAGGUUGAAGGCACAGCAAAAAAUGAGUUGUUUUUGGCUUCUGGAGAAGGUGUAGGCCUUGCAAAUGUUAAUCCUUUGGAAGCAAUUGCUGGAAAAUGCGAUAUUAUUUGUACUUCAAAAGACAGUAGAAAUCCACAACCUUCAGAUGAAGAACUUAAAACUGCUGACUUUAUAUUUUACCGUGCCUUUGAUGUUAAGCAUGGUAGAGUUCUGGAUAAGAUAGAGGAAGAAGUUGCUGGGAUUGAAGUGAAAUUUAUAUUUAACAGAGUGGAUGCCCAAGAGCCCAAUGUUGUACUGGAACUUGAUUCAGACAAGAAAGAAGUUUGCGGAAAUGCUGUAGCAAGUAAUAAAACAGAGGUUCCUUUCAAGAAAAACCCAUCUAAAGAGCACACAACUCUAAUAAGUAAUGUAAUUUCUAUUAAUAGUCUACGGAAAGAAAAUGCUGAUACAAAAACUUCAUUGGUUAAACAGAAAUCUUCACUUAGAGAGCAGCCUGCUUACAAGAUAGGUGUGGAGGCAGAAAUUUCUAAAACUAAUGAUAGACAGGAGAAUAAUUCCUUAGACAAGUCUGCAUUAAGGUCUGUAGAUUUUCCUAUCAAGGGUGAAGGUCGAGUUGUUAAGAAUCUUGUUAGAAAUGAGGAGAAAUUAAAAUCUUCUCAUGAUUGUAAUGAAUUGGAGGAUGGGCCAUCUGAGAAUGUAAUUUGUGUCAGAUUUGAGGAGAAAGUAAAAUCUGUUCAUGACUGUGGUGAAUUGGAUGAUCGACCGUCUAAGAAGGCAAAGUUGGAUUGUUCUGUUAAAGUAUUUGGUGAUAAGAAAGUGAAGAGUGUGCAGAAGUCACGUGAUAAUUUGAAUCGUCAUGAUGCAAGGAGUGUAGGAACUAUAAUUGAUUUUGAGGAUAAAUCUAGGCUUAAACUUGCUAAGGAUUCUCAACGGGUUGAAAACGACCCUUUGAAGAAGUUGAAGCUUGAUGAGAAGACAAAGCUUCUUGAUGGUAAGAAUUUUGUCAAAAGUAAGAAAGUAAAAUCUUCUCAGGAUCGUAGUGAGCUGGAGGAUAGGCCAUCUAAGAAGGCAAAGUUUGAUGGUCAUGUUAAAGUAUUGGGGAAUCAGAAUGCGAAGAGAGUGCAGAAGUUAGCCGUUGACUCAGAUCCGAUAGAUGCAAAGGCGUUGCCAGUUGUAACUGCUUAUGAAGAUAAAUAUAGACUUAAACUUGCUAAGGAUUCUCAAGUGGGUGAAAAAGGCUCUUCCAAGAAGUUGAAGCCUGAUGAGACCACAAAAUUUUCUAAUGGGAAGUUGCCUCGAGCAUCUCCCAGACAGUUUGCAGACGAGGACAAAAAAAUUGAUGACCAGAUAAUGGAAAUUACUCGAAGACCAGAUGACGAUAAAAGCAAAUGGUUCAGGGCAAUUCCUUGGGAAUACAGAAUGAAAAGUGCUAAUGAGUUAGGAACACUGGUUCUCCUUCAAAAUUUGGAUCCAGCUUAUACAUCAGCAGAUGUGGAGGAUAUUGUUUGGCACGGUUUCAAGGAAAAUUGCAGAGCAAAGAUGAUUCAGCAGACUUCAAUAUCAAGUCCUCAUUGUGGUCAAGCUUUUGUUAUAUUCAAGACAAGGGAGGCAGCAGAGAUGGUUGUUAAAAAGUUGGACGAGGGCUGCCUUUGGAUAUCAAAUGGGAGGCCUCUUGUUGGAAGUAUCGGAACUCCUUGCUUCUCUGAGAAGAAACCAACUUUUUUUGGCCAUUUUGCUAUUGAUAAACUAAGAUAUCAGAUGCCAAGGGAAAUGAGAGAAGCUGUAUCUACUUCACAUUGUUCUCAGCCUAACACAAUUGAAUAUGAUAUGGCCAUGGAAUGGUGCUUACUUCAAGAACGAUCAGACUUCUGUUGGAAACAGUUGUAUAAGCAACAAGGGGAGGAGUUGAAAAUGCUCAAGUCCAGCCUCAAGUCCAAUUGAGAACCAGUGGAUUUGGGCUCUUCCUUUUCUUGGAAGAAGACAAGAGUAUUUUAGCAGAGGUCUUGUUUGUGAGUAGUCACGCAAGUUUUGAGAAUAGGUAAAUAUAUUUUGAGGAUGGUUCUGGCAUUUGGAGAUCAAUUGUCUGUCUCGAGGGCAACUUACUGGUCAAGUUGGUUCCCCACAUUCUAUACCAUGUACAUCGUUGAUGUAUGUUGUAAAACUAUCGUGUCUUGCCAAUCCUAUAAAUAUGUUCAGCUACCCCUAUCCCUUGUUGAUUGGUCUACCGCAUUAUUUCUAGUUGCAUUUUAAUAUGCUGCCCGCAUCCUUCCCGCCACCAGUUGUGUAGUUACAUUUUCCUUUUUCCAGAUCAGAAACUAUAGGUUGAUUUUUGUUGCCCAAGUUCAGAUGUGUGAAUUGCUAUUUUUACGCUGAAACUUG